AUGGUAACACCACCGUGGCUUGCGGUGGCGCUCGCCGCCAUAAGCGUCCUGCCAGGCUCGGUUCAGGCGAAGGACUUUUGUCCCGGCCGAUGCUCAGACGCCGGCCCUGAUACCAGCAAGUGGUCGGUCUAUCCCAACUUCAACCUCAUGAAGAGGUGCAAGGAGACCGUCUUCUAUAGCUUCAACCUCUACGACCCAGUCGACGACAGAGAUUCCAACCACCGCAUCUCCGCCUGCACGUCUUUUGGCGCCGACUUUGACAACAUGGAGGCCGAACCCGCGACGGCGAGGCUCUUCUCCACUGCCGAGACUGAGCCUGUCCAUGUCAAGUUUGAGCUCGGCUGGUGGGAAGAGACUUUCGGCCUUGCUGCGGGGGGAAUCAUUUCUCUCUCUCGGGAGCUGGGCGAAUACAUCGACAAGGGCCACGCCGACACCACGGAUAGACCCGUCAUCCUCUACGGACGCGCUGGCCUGGCCAGCAUUGGUGUCUACAUUGGUCAGGGCCUGCUGCGCCAGGGCCUCGGUCAGUCCGCCCUGCGAACCUUUGAAGACAACUUUAACAACCUCAACGUCACGUCACCCAGCAUGGCCAUGCAGCUUUGCGAUGACAAGUCUCUCGCCACCCACAUCUUCGGCGUCGUCGUAACCAGCAACGGCACCUUCUCUCCGAUCCAGGAAGCUAUCCGAUCUUGGACCGAGGCCAGAUGCCUCUCUUUCAGCGGGUCCCGAGAAUUCCCUGGCAUCGUCACCUACACCACCCCCCCUAUCGACGGCAGCUUGGCCAACCCUACGACGGCCAACCCUACGACGGCCAACUCCACGACGGCCGACUCUACGACGGCCAGCCCCCCCACAAUCCGCCGUGGAGAUGCAAACGUCCUCCAGGCACGUGCCGAGUGCAGGUCGGUCCAGGCCCAGUUUGGCACCGGCUGCCCCGAGCUGGCCGUCAUGUGUGGAGUGUCGGCCAACGAUUUCGAAAAAUUCAACCCGGAUCUCAAGUGCGACAGCGUCAAGCCCAAGCAGUGGGUGUGCUGCUCCACCGGCACGCUCCCCGAUAGGCGGCCCAAGCCUGAUGCCAACGGCCAGUGUGCAUCGUACACCGUCCAGGACGACGACAACUGCGACAACCUCGCUGCCGAGUAUGGCCUGACCCGAAAGGAGCUCGAGGACUUCAAUAAGAAGACGUGGGGCUUCUCUGGUUGCGAUCCCCUCUUCUCCAAGGCCAUCAUAUGUCUCAGCGAGGGAUCCCCUCCCUUCCCGGCCCCUAUCGACAACGCCAAUUGCGGCCCUCAGAAGCCAGGCUCCAAGCCUCCCACUGAUGGUUCCAACAUUGCCGACCUGAACCCGUGUCCCCUCAACGCAUGCUGCAACAUCUGGGGCCAAUGCGGCGUGAACAGGGACUUUUGCAUUGACACUAACACCGGCCCUCCCGGCACUGCUAAGAAGGGCACCUAUGGCUGCAUCUCCAACUGCGGUAUAGAUAUCGUCAAGGGAACUGGUGACGGCGCCAUCAAGCUCGCCUACUUCCAGGGCUAUGGUCUAGGCCGCAAGUGCCUGUACCAGGACGCCCUCCAGAUCGACACGUCAAAGUACACCCACCUUCACUUUGGUUUCGGCACGCUGACCCCGGCUCCGAACUUUGCCGUCGAGGUUGGCGAUGUGCUCUCCACCUACGAGUUCCAGGAGUUCACACGCAUCAAGGGCGUCAAGAGGAUCCUUUCCUUCGGCGGCUGGGCCUUCUCCAACGACCCUCCGACGUACAGGAUCUUCCGCGAGGCCGUUAAGCCCGCCAACCGUAUCAAGGUUGCGAGAAAUAUUGCCGACUUUAUUAUCAAGCAUAAGCUUGAUGGUGUCGAUAUUGACUGGGAGUACCCCGGCGCGCCAGAUCUUCCCAACAUGGAGGACCCUGGUACGGCGGAAGAUGGCCCUAACUACCUCGCUUUCCUUGCCGCUCUCAAGAAUCUGCUUCCCGGCAAGACAGUUGCAAUCGCCGCCCCCGCAUCAUACUGGUAUCUGAAGCAGUUCCCGAUCGAGAAGAUCAGCAAGGUGGUCGACUAUAUCGUCUACAUGACAUACGAUCUUCAUGGCCAGUGGGAUGCCCACAAUCAGCACUCCCAGGAGUACUGUGAGACCGGUAACUGCCUUCGCAGCCAGGUAAACCUUACCGAGACCCGACAGUCGCUUGCCAUGAUCACCAAGGCUGGCGUUCCUGGCAACAAGAUUGUUGUCGGUAUCACUAGCUACGGACGCUCCUUUCAGAUGGCUGAAGUGGGCUGCUGGGGUCCUCUGUGCAAGUUCACCGGCGAUAGGGUCACCUCUCACGCCACGCCGGGCAGGUGUACCGAUACUGGAGGCUAUAUCGCUGAUGCCGAGAUCAAUGAGAUUAUCCGUGGCGGAGCCAGCGGCAAGCGUCAGAACAGCCGUGUAACGACGCAGUUCCUGGACACGAGCAGCAAUACCGACAUCCUCGUCUACGACAACGACCAGUGGGUCGGUUACAUGAGCGAGAGCACAAAGGCUGUCCGCACGCGUCUGUACGCUAGUCUCGGCAUGGCCGGCACUACGGACUGGGCCAGCGAUUUGCAAGAGUUUCAUGAUCCUCCGAAGCCGGCCAAGGACUGGGAUUCCUUCAUCUCCCUGGCGAGCGCGGGCGGUGAUCCCAAGCAGAGCACUGUCAGAAUAGGCAAGUGGCGAGAGGGCGACUGUACGUCCAAAUACGUCACUCACCAGUACGACUAUGAUCCCGCCGAGCGCUGGAGGGAGCUGGACGCUAGUUCUGCAUGGAACGAGAUCAUCAUCAAGUGGACCGGGACUGACAAGGGCCGUCUCUCCUUUACGCAAUCCGUGGAACAGACCCUCCUCGCCGGCGGCGAUCUGGGCUGUCACAUUCUUGGAGGCAUUGACGAUAACUGUGACAGCCAAUGGGAAUGCCCAGCCGGUGCCAAUGGCGCCGAUUCCGGACCGGCGGCCUACAUUAUCUGGCAGUCCCUCAUCAAGCUCCAUCGCAUGUUCCACACCUACUACGACGGCCUCAGCGACAUGAGGGGAGGCGUCCAGACUACCAUCAGACGUAUGGAGAACGUCUUUGCGCCGAUUCCUGAGCCCGAAACUAACCAGUGGUUAAAUAUCAUGAUCGAUUUCCUGACGAUCGGGGCCCUUGGCGGCAUGGCGCCCUUCUUCAACAGCGUCCUGAAAAACCUUCCAGCCUUUAAGGACCCCAACAGCAGCGCGUUUGACAACACCAAAGACACGGCGCUGAACAUGGUCGGUCAGGGUACAACGCUUGCAAAGGAUAUGCUCCAGUCUCCCGACGACGACGAAUGGACCCCCGAUGCGCAAAAGGACUUUUCUGACUACGCCGCCCAGGCCGUUUUUGGCUGGAUGAACCUCACCACCAUAGGCCUCAAGAAGCUCUUCAACGGCGAGCGCGCAUCGCUCGACGCCCUGACCGGGCCAUCAUCAAGGACGGCAAGAUGCUGCCCGACCGCCCGCAGGACGUUCUUUGCCUACGCUAUCCCAGGCCUGUGGCGCCGAUCGAAGCAGUAUGCCUUCAUUCUCGACUCGGGAGAGGGCUGCCACGGCAACCCCUCGAGCAAGUACGUCGACGAUGACACCGCCAGCGCCACCUCGGUCUGCCACAAGGAGAGGAUGUACUACCUCGUCGCGCCUGAGGGUGACGCUCGCGAGUGCAAGUGUCAAAGCUCCGGCGGCCCCGGCCCCUGCCAGGUCACCUGCGUGGACCACAAGUUCUCCGCGCCCAAGGGUAUCGGCUCCCUCAAGGAUAACGAUUUCGGCAAGCUGACCAAGGAGGACAUCGUCAAGGGCGCCGUGGCCACGUGGGUCCACAACGGCCGGGAGAACAAGCCCAUCAACAUCACUGCGAUAUCCGACGACAAGAUCAUGCGCGAAAAGAUGGUCGAACUCGACAUCGAGACGCCCGGCCUCAUUCAGCUGCCCGUCUGCAGCCCCAGCCGCGCCUGGCAGGCUUGGCACACGGGCACCAAGGGCGGGACCGACCACUACCCGUGCGACAUCUUCCCCGGCAAGAGCCACUGCGGCGACUCGACGUUUGAGAACCGCCGCAGCGAUGCUUCGCCUCUCAUCGACGACUGCAAGCAGAUCAUCACGAACAUCGAGGAGGACGCCUCGACCGACUGGACGCACGGCAUCGUGGGCCACCGUGAGAUUCUCAAGCACGGCUCUUGCCGGUUUGGUAUCGAACGUACCGGCGGCACGGGUGGCGCGGUGCAGUUCAAGGUGGGAGGCCAGGAUGUCAUCGACAUCAUCAACGAAUCCAUCAAGCAGUUUGGCAGUGGCGAUCGGGUUGGUGCCAUGGGCGUCAUGUCCUGCUCUGGAACAACGGUGAACACCAACGUGGAUGUCGAGUGGGGUAUCUAUUAG